UAUAUAUAGGGCGCGAGGCACCAGAGAGCCACACAUGCCCGCUAAACAUGGCGCCCGUCAGUUCUUCAUCCCUGCGGAUUCUGCUCCCAGUUAUCCUGCUUCUUUUACAAGGAGUUGUGACUGACGGAAGGGAGAUUGAGAAGGAGAACGGGAGUGCGCCUGGUUGGGCUUCCAGUAACGGACCAUCAAGACCACACCACCCGGGUAGUUCUUCAGACCCACACCAUGGGAACGCGCCUGGUUGGGCUUCCAAUAACGAACCAUCAAGACCACACCACCCGGGUAAUUCUUCAGACCCACACCAUGGGAACGAGCCUGGUUGGGCUUCCAGUAACGGACCAUCAAGGCCACACCACCCGGGUUAUUCUUCAGACCCACACCAGGGAAGUCGUGAGAAUGCGCCCGGUUCGUCGUCCAAUACCAGACGACUAAGAUCACUAACAUAUGAGAUUUUCUCAGACCCAUACCCGGAAAGCCCUGAGGAAGCACCUUUUUGGGCUUCCAGUAGUGGACCAUCAACAUCACAUCACCGUAACAGUUCUUCAGCCGCACACACUGGAAGUCAGGGGUUUUUAAAGCAAUUGACCCUGAACUAUGAGACCAGAUCGUUGAAGUCAGACCAUUGGGACCAAUCGGAGCCGUUGGUCUUCAAAAUUUCACACAGAUUGAUACACAGACUGAGUGCCAUUACAGACACACUAAUCUGCCACAUAUUACACGGGAUGCAUGAUAGUCAUUCCAAAACUAAGGAACACAGCCGGUCGACGCAAAGAGGAGCAGGAGCACAUCACGAGUCUCGAGAACAUACCAGUCAUUCACAUACUCUCUCCUGCUACCCGGCAAAGUACAGCAUAUUGCGCCUCCCGGCAACUGAUUCACAUCAUGAAAGAGGUCAACACCACUCAGGAAAACAUGACCAUGCUCACUCAAGAAAUGCUUCUUCACAUGCAAAGAAUGCCUCAUUCCAUGCAGAAAAUCCCAGUCACCCCCGAGAAUAUCAAAGCACACUCCGCCCAGUAAAUGUUCCACUCCAACCAGAAAAUAAAAUUUCCCAUCAAUCAAAUGUUACUAACCACCAAGCAAAUUCCACCAUUCGCCAUCCAGUAAAGGCCCUUGUUCACACAAAAGAGGUCACUUUACACCGAUCAAAUGCCACUAUCCGCCUCCAGAAAGCCUCUCAUAGUCGAGAAAACGAUACUAAUCCCCACCCAGUAAAGCAUAUAAAUGUCCACCCCGAAAAUGCCACUUACCCCGCAGCAAACAACACCACCCCCCACCCAGCAAGUCCCCACCGGGAAAAUACAACCACCCAUCGUAAAAACUUGAUUUUACCAGUAAGAAAUGCAACUUUCCACGGACAGAAUUUCACUUUUCCCCAGUCAAAAGUCAGCAACAAGCGGGGCAACGACACCUUCCUGGUGAGAGGACCACCUUCUGGCGAUGGAGGAGAUGCACCGCUCUGUGACUAUUCCAAGUUCCACUCCUCUCACAGCAUGGUACUCGAACCCAACCCCGAGUGUGAGCCCAGCAGGGCGUAUAUUUCUGAAAAGGAGAAGAAUUGGAUCCUAUCGCUCCACAACACCCUCAGGGCCAAGGUAGCCAAGGGGGAUGAGCCCCGUGGGGACCCGGGGCCCCAGCCUCAGGCCGCCAACAUGGCCGUCCUCAGCUGGAACGAUGAAUUAUCUGAGGUUGCUCAGGCGUGGGCCAACCAGUGCACUCUCCGUUACGACGGGUUCAACAAGCGAAAGAUCUGCUCCCGAAAUUAUGCCGUUGGUCAGAAUGUGUACUACCACACAGGUCACGACCACCCCCUGGACUGGGCGGAGGCCGUCAACGGAUGGUACGAGGAGGUGGUGCACCUGUCCCGAACUCACGUCCACGUCUUCCGACCGAACACCUUCAGAAACACUCACAGAUACUCCCAGUUGGUGUGGGCCAAGACCCGGGAGGUGGGCUGCGGGAGCGCGACCUUCCGCGACAAGAAUAGUAUUGUCAGAUUCAUAUACGUUUGCAACUACGGACCCGCGGGUAACAUCUUCGGGGACCCCGUGUACCUUGAAGGCCCCCCGGCCUCGGACUGCCGCCUCGGGGCGCCCUCACACGACUACCCCGCCCUCUGUCAGCGGGACGACAGCGAGAAGAGGAAGACUCCUUCAAGUUAAACCCAAAUGUAUAAACACCUGUUACUGUGUUGUUUGUUCUGCUUCAGUUAUAACCCUAAACAAGUGUGAACAAAAUGUAUGAACAAUAAUGUUGGGUUAUAUGCUAAUAAGGGAAUAAAGAUGAUGUAUA